UUGUCCCUUGAAAUGUGGCUAUUUGGAUACGGUUCGUUGUUAUGGUACACGGAUUUCCCGUAUCGCAGAGUUGUUGCUGGUGUGGUGCACGGAUAUUCUCGUCGGUUUUGGCAGUUAAGCCCCGAUCAUCGAGGCACACCCAGCAACCCCGGUCGUACUGUAACACUGGUGGAGGAUAAGGAUGGAUCUUGCUGGGGCUUAGCAUAUGAUGUAGCUGAAGAACAUGCGUCGGAUACAAUCAAAUAUUUGAAUGAGCGCGAAAAAGCGGGCUAUUUGAGGAAGGAAGUGGAAUUUCAUCCGGAUGAUGGUAGCCCAUCUUUCUAUGUCAAUGUAUAUCUGGCUGCGCUGGAACAGAACCCAUAUUAUACGGGCCCGACCGAUGACAGCGACGUUGUAGAAACUAUUAUGUCUGCACGUGGGCGAAGUGGGACAAAUAUCGAAUAUGCAUUACGACUGGCACAGUGUGUGCAUCGAUUGGCGCCGCAUUUCAACGAUGAAUAUCUUUUUGGGAUUGAGCAGAAAAUUCUGGACAAUUGCCGGCAGCUGAAUGUGCAUGAUGAUUGUUUGGCUGAAUGUGUUGCAGAUUACAGCUAUUCUGACGGAGUAGCAGGUGAAUAG